GCGGGGCUCGGCCGGGCCGGGCGGGGACAGGCUCAGGGAGCGCCGAGCCGAGCAGCACCGUGCCGCGCGGUGCCGUUCGCCGCAGAGGACAGGGGUGCCGCGGGUUUAGUGGAGCCGCUGCCGCCGCCCCGUCCGAAAGCUGGAUUGCAGGAGCCCUUCACCAUGCCUGGCAGACUGUAGGUGCUUCAUGGAGCAAGCCAACUUCUACGAGGUCGAUUCCCGGCCCCCGAUGAGCAGUGGCCAGCACCACCAGCUCCAGACUCCCCUGCCCGGCAGCGCCUACAGUUACAGAGAGGCUACUUCGGCGGCGGCACCUGCUGCGGGCGGCGCGGAGCUCGGCGACAUCUGCGAGAACGAGAACUCCAUCGACAUAAGCGCCUACAUCGACCCGGCCGCCUUCAACGACGAGUUUCUGGCCGACCUCUUCCAGCACAACAAACAGCAGGAGAAAGCCAAGGCCAUCCUGGCCGGGGAUUUCGACUUCCACAGCAUGCAUGGGGCCGGCGCCGCCGCUUCGGCGCCGGGGCACCAGCAGCAGCACCACCAGCAGCCGCUCUUCGGCUGCGUGGCCGGCUACAUGGACGGCAAGCUCGACCCCCUGUACGAGCGCAUCGCUGCGCCCGGCCUGCGGCCGCUGGUGAUUAAGCAGGAGCCCCGCGAGGAGGAGGAGGUGAAGGCGGCGGCCCUGUCAGCCCUGUACCCCCACCACGCCCCGCAGCAGCACCCGUCCCACCUGCAGUACCAGAUCGCCCACUGCGCCCAGACCACCAUGCACCUCCAACCCGGGCACCCCACGCCGCCCCCCACGCCUGUGCCCAGCCCUCACCACCCGCACCACCCGCACCACCCCGGCGGCCUGCCCGCCGCCGGCGCCCUCAAGGUGAUGCCCGCGGACCACCGGAGCAAAUCGAAAAAGACAGUGGAUAAGAACAGCAACGAGUACCGGGUGCGCCGGGAGCGCAACAACAUCGCGGUGCGCAAGAGCCGGGAUAAGGCCAAGCAGCGCAACGUGGAGACGCAGCAGAAGGUACUGGAGCUCACCACCGACAACGAGCGGCUGCGCAAGCGGGUGGAGCAGCUCACCCGGGAGCUGGAGACUCUGCGGGGCAUCUUCAGGCAGCUCCCCGAGAGCUCCUUGGUGAAGGCCAUGGGCAGCUGCGCCUAGCACCGAGCCGCGCCGGGACUGCCGGGCCACCCCCACUCACCUAUAGAUCCUUUACGUGCCGGAUUGUACCAGGAGGGGGGAGGAGGAAGGGGGUGGUGUUUAUUUUGUUUUUGUUUGUUUGUUUAACAGUUAACGACCAAUACAAGAAGCCAGGCAGCUGUAGUAUUAAAAGGUCUGUGCCUUAGGGAUGACACACGAAUAAGCUGAAAACAUAGUGGGUUUUGUAAGGGGACAGCCGAGGGGAAGGAAGACGUUGAAAAGCCCACAUGUCUACACAGGGUAAAUAACAAUAAUAAUAGUAAUAAAGCACACAUAGCAAUCCAGAUGUGCCUUAAAAGCUGGCUGCAGGAGCUCUGGGGUUUUCUGUUCCCUCCAGCCUGGCAAGGCGCAAGGAAGAAGGGUGCAGAAUGCGCAGGCUUUGGGACAGGGCAUCUGGAGAUGCCAGCCAGGCCUCCCCAGCUAGCCUGCCGUGCAGCAGGCAGGGGUAGCUGCGGGGAGGACGGCAAGGAGAAGAGGACUAAGGCAGAGGGAUGCACAGCGCCGGACGCCCGCUCUGAGUACUGAGGUGUGGGGCAGCUGCCAGGGCUGCCCUUGCCGAGCCCUUGUCCCUUGCCUUGGCCGGCAGCAGGGCAGAAGCCACUGCUGCUGCAGGAGCGAUGGACAACCUGGGACUGAUGGAGAGCUCCCUUCAGCAAAAGGAAGAGCAUCAGUGUCUCGUACUGUAUGUCACAAGGUGGCGAAGCACAAUGAAUAAAUACCUAUUGAUGCGGGUAUUUACAGGGACCUGUCCGUGUAGUUUGCUUUAUUCCAGGACAUUGACUCCUCUCCACGUCUCUGUCUGCCCAAGCUGUGCCUCAUGUAAUGUGAAAGCCUUUCUGUGUAUACUAGCUCCACUUUAUUUUUAUUGUGUUACUCAGACCUUUGCCAUCACACGACUUUCUUAUCUGGUGACAGAGACUAUGCCCUUGUGCUGCAACGUUAUUUUAUUAUU